AUGGCCUUCAUCCCCGCGGCACCUUGGGAGAGAUCUCUCCGCCCUCUUACCCUCACAGCCCCAUUUCUGCGGCCAGCGCGGCCACGACGGCUUGAAACGCGAGGCAGCAUGAACUCGAGCUUCGUCCGCAUUGCUGCUGCCGUUUGCGGCUUCGUCUCUGCAAGAUCCUUCGCAACGGUUGAGAAGGAACCAGAUACCUUGGGCUCGGAGCGGUUACGCCGAACUGCCCAGAGGGCCGAUGGCCGCGUGCUGGAAAUCUCGGCAGAAAAGUACAAGUCAGUGCCUGUGGAAAAUGCGACGGUAGCUGGCAUGAAUGAUCUGAUGAAGCGGGAGGCCGUGAACAUCCUGGCUGCCGGUGCCGAGAAGACUGAGGAAGUCAAAGGCCAGAAAGGAAUGUGGCACGCCUACAUGAAGCCCACCACCAUGGGCACGUGGAAGAACCAAGCCAGACUGACCUGCAAGUUGAUGCUGAAGCCCGGGGCCGUCAAUGUCGAGGUGGUGAGCCUUGAAGUGGGUAACUGGGACAAAGACCUGCGAGAGUUCAAGUUCGAAAAGUUCGAUGAAGACACCUUCAGCUUGAAUUGGCAGAACAGCAUGACCUGGAGAGAAAGAGGUUCAGAUCUCGCAGUGCAGCAUCUUUCGCGUGGCUCCAUGCGAUUGGUCAUUCCAUGGUGGUUUCCCCUUCCGGACACAGUGGUCAAAGCCACAUUCCAGGCCGGGAUCCGAUACAUGAUUUCGGACGGCCAGUCCAAGAUAGCAGCUGCUGUGAGCCGAAAAUAUGCCGACUUAGAGCGUUGA